GAGCUCUUUCAAAGUGUUCAUUCUUUAUGUCUUUUCAUACAGGUGAACUUAAACCAAAUACACAGUUGCCUGGGGAAUUAUUUAACGGCAUUUUGGUUGUUAACUUCUACUUUUCAUGCACUAAAUCUGUGCAAGGUCUCUUCCUUAUAUUCAUCGCUACUCUCUGUGUCAACAUGAGUGAUCCUUGGCAGGAAUGCAUGAAUUUCUGUUUAGAUGUCACCAAACGGGCAGGAAAGAUGAUCCGCGAGGCGCUCCAGAAGGACAUCACCAUCAUGCAAAAGAGCUCGCCGGUUGACCUGGUGACCGAGACGGACCACAAAGUGGAACAGCUUAUUAUAUCUUCCUUAAAGGAGAAGUAUCCAACACACAGCUUCAUCGGUGAGGAGUCAGUAGCCGCUGGCGCUCCCAGCAUUCUCACCGACAAUCCCACUUGGAUCAUCGACCCCAUCGACGGCACCACCAACUUUGUGCACAGGUUCCCCUUUGUGUCUGUGUCAAUCGGCUUCACAGUGAAGAAAGAGAUAGAGUUUGGGAUUGUCUACAGCUGCGUCGAGGACAAAAUGUACACGGCACAGAGGGGAAAGGGAGCAUUUUGCAACGGAGUCCCCAUCAAAGUUUCCGGACAGGAAGAUAUUAGCAGCUCGUUGGUGCUGACUGAAAUGGGUUUCAGGAAGGAACCUGAACACUUCCACAUGAUGUUGGCCAACAUCAAGACCAUCCUCACCAUACCUGUUCAUGGAAUACGAUCUCCGGGCAGCGCGGCCAUCAACAUGUGCCUGGUGGCGUCCGGUUCGGCGGACGCGUACUAUCACAUGGGCAUUCACUGCUGGGACAUGGCCGGAGGGGCAGCGAUCGUUACUGAAGCUGGAGGAGUAAUCAUGGACAUUUCAGGUGGGCCAUUUGAUCUGAUGUCUCGCAGGCUGAUUGUUGCCAGCAGCAGGACGAUAGCUGAGCGAAUUGCCAAGGAGAUAACAGAGUUCCCCGUCGGGAGGGACGACACAGAAGGCCGGUAAACCUCGGCUCUCUUCUCCACGGUCAACCGAAGCCAUGUAAAAACGCACGCAGCUGCUUUUCAGCGCAACAGGUGUCGAGUCCGUCGUUGCCUUAAGAACCAGAACAAUACAGUUACCUCUAAACAACAGACGGGCUCGAUAAGCAUUGUAUCCUUCUGCAUGUCAGUACAGCCAUCCAAAAAUUCUCCUGUUGUAUUGUAUUUCAACCAAUCACUCAGCCAUGUUAUUCAUUAUGCAGCCAUGAACAAGAGAGAGGAAGAUUUAUGAAUAAAUACCUUAAGACAGCAUCCUUUCAGCCAUGCAGAAAUGAACAAGUAUAUAGCACUCUCCACACCAACUGGCUAAAGAUGUGAAAAAAACCCAAAAAACUAUAUAUAUACAUAUAAAUAAAUAAAUAGGGGUAUAAAUCUGAAAUGACGUAGAGUCGUGUUUCACUUUACUUUUUACAAUAGGCAAGACAACAGAACAAAGAAUAUAAGACGAAUUUGCUGAUCUCAGUAAGUAAGGAACAGGACACAAGAAAAGAACUGCUAAACCAUCCUUCCUCAUAUCUACAGUCUGAGCAAAAGCUAGAAAGCUUCAAAUAAUUGGAGCUGUAACAAACAAGGCAGGGAGAAGUCCAAUCUCUUUUUGGCAGCAUGCACAAGGAAAAUAAAAUCUACAAAGCACUCUGUUAGAGGUCUGCAGACUGGCCUCACGGGCUCAGUACAUCUUCAUAACAGCUAGUAGGCGCUGUCUACAUGCCGACCAGUUUUUGCAGAUCCCUAAAAAAUGCCUUAAAUGUCCAAUCUCCAUUUUAUGGUCGUAAAAUGUGUCCUGUCCAGAUUUCUCAUACUAGGCUUGAAAUUACAACUAGUUAUGUCUUAGAUUUGCACAUUUGUUCAUUUACUGCUUCAUUGAUCAACUUUCUUUUUUGUUUUUUUAUGGUAAGCCAGUUUUUGCUUAACAAACACUCACAGUGGAUUUGGUGUAAAAUCAAACAUUAAUAUGUGGAAUAACACUUCAAGCCCGUUGUUGAGUGGAAGAUCUGUGAUACUGUGGGCUUUUUCCCUUCCAAAAGCCCUGGGGACCUUGUUAGAGUUCAUGGUAUCAUUAAGUAAAAAUCUGGCGGGCUCUGCCAGUCAUUAGGUCCUUCAGGAGGAUGAUGAUUGAAAGCCAAGUCAACACAGGCAUGGUUCACCAGACACAAUCAUUUCUUAGAUUUUUGUUUCUUCUCUAAAUAAAUGUACUUAAAUUAAAGGUUGGAUUUAUCUAACCUGAUUUUUUAUUUUCAUUUAAUUUAAGGGUUUUACGACUCUUUACCAGGGUUGCUAAUAAGUGCAAAUGUACUGUUCCUCUUAAGAAAAAGUGCAUUUACGAGUUCCUUUAUAAUAGCUUGCACUAUACAUAAUUGAUCAUGUGUAUAUCAGUGACCUCUGUACUGUAUGACUGAUUCUUUAUCAAGUCCAGAAUAAAAAUCUGAAGCAUG